UAGCUACCCAGCCAGUAUCAUGCCUCCUUGGGGGUGGGCAAACACGGCGGGUUCUUUCUCCAAGAAAAAUAAUAUGGGGAAAUGAUAGCUACCCAGCCAGUAUCAUGCCUCCCACAGAGUCUCCUUCCCUGAGACUAUGAGAGUCUCAUGCGAACCAUGCGACGCCCACCUCCCCCUUCCCAUUCUCCCGAGCUCCCAUUGCUUUAUCAGUUUACCACACGCCCAGUCACGUUCAUACAGAUACAACUGAAUGAGCUCCUAAGCCGAGCUUCUUUUCAGAGAUACCUUCCUCUUCCAUCGACCCACAAAGGCAAAAGCACGUAUUCAGGUGCAUUCCAGAUAGGAGAUGAGUAUGCUAGAUGCAACCAGAGCAGAACUUGCUCUUGUAGUCUUGUAUCAGAACAAAACUGAAGCCAGGGAUAAGAUCUGCAGAACUAUACAGUUUGGUUCAAAAUUCUUGAGCAAUGGAGAGCCUGGUAUAGCUCAAAACAUUGACAAAUCAACUGGCUUGGCGCGUAAAGUUUUCCGCCUUUUUAAGUUUGUCAAUGAUUUGCAUGCUUUAAUUAGUCCAGCUCCCGAGGGAACUCCCCUACCAAUUGUUUUACUUGGAAAGUCUAAAAAUGCACUACUGUCUUCUUUCUUGUUUCUCGAUCAAAUUGUCUGGCUUGGGAACGGUAUCUAUAAGAACAAAGAGCGUGCAGAACAAAUUGGCAGAAUCUCUUUUUACUGUUUUAUGGGUUCCUCAGUUUGUACCACCUUGGUUGAGCUUGCGGAACUUGGAAGGUUGUCUGCAUCAAUGAGGAAGUUGGAAAAGGAUCUUUAGAACACUGAUAAGUACCAAGUAUGUAAAGCUCAAUGGUCCACACUUACGAGCAGAAGAUGUUCAUAUUAUCCCUUCUGCAGUAUCUCAUACUGAAUAAUUUCACCUUUGGUUGGAGAAUGCAGAAUGAACAAUACCUUAGCAAGCUCAAGCAGUCAAAUAAAAGGUCAUUAAAUCUGAUCAAAGCAGCUAUGGAUAUAGUGGUUGCAGUUGGGAUACUUCAACUGGCACCUAAGAAAGUCACUACUCGUGCAACGGGAGGCUUUGGAUUUGUCACCUCACUCAUCGAUUGUUAUCAGUUGCUUCUACUGCUCCGAAGCCGAAGGCAUCCUGAAGAAGGACAGACAGUAUAGGUCCACAUUUGGCAGUACAAUCAAAAUAAUAUUCCAGGUUGAUAAGGAUAUAGUCAUCUGUAGCCAACCCCAUUAAAUUGGGGAUAAGGCUGAGUUUUUUUUUUUUUGGGCAUACUCCUCCGCUUGACAUCUGUUCAUGAUUCAUUCCUCUCUGUUUCACUUUCAUAUGGUAAAUGAUAUUUGUCGAAGCUUUUGUUGAUUUGAUAGUCGGAAGAUGCACAUACAUUAGACGCAUGUGCCCAUACAAACAUGCUCACUGCAAUAUUGUAUCCGAACAUGAAUGCACACUACAUCUCCCUUUGAAUGCGAUGCCUGCAUGGUGGGGAACUUGUGUAUUUGUGGGGAAAAUCUCAGGUCUGCGUAUGCAGACAAUUUUACAGGUCGGGCCCGCCAUUACAUACCGUGUUUAACAGAUCAAGUGAGACAAGAUUCAGCAUAAAUGAAUGAUUCAAAGAAAGUGUUUUAAUCUUACAUUUGGACAGUCAAGAAUUAUUCCAAAAUGAUUUCUAAAUGUCUUGUAGAGUAGCACUUAGAUCUGAUGGUUAAGAAUUAUUAUCAUUCUGAUUAUUUGAUCUUCCUAUAUGUAGGUCUUGAUAAUCUCAAAGUAUGACUGGUUGCAUAUUUUUGGGUUA